AUGAAGAUAAUGGGAAAAUACAAGAUUAGACCGGUUGGCCAACAUUUCGGUUUGUUGACACUUACUGAACUUAGUCGUGGAAAUGGCAAUGACUUUGCCAAUGCAUCGUUGAAUUGGGAGAGAGACAAUGGUGAUGAAGAAGACAACCAAUUAAUCGUGGAGAAUCAGGAUAUAUUAGGCGACGAAAGGCCCUCUAGUUCUACCAGUAGUGGAUAUGUCGGUGAGAGAGGAAGUAGUAGUGCCACGAGCGAGUCUAGGAUCGAUGAAACGAGUGAAAUUGACGGUAAUGAGAUUCAUGAAGUAAGGAACCAUGGUUUCCUCGAAGGAUUCUCCGUUAAUCAGGCCUCCUUUUGGGUUCUUGGUAAACGCCAUGUUGAUGAGGAUGAUGGUUCGAUAGCAUGGAGAAAGAGGAAGAAACACUUCUUUAUUUUGAGUAAUUCUGGUAAACCGAUAUAUUCCAGAUAUGGAGAUGAACACAAACUAGUUGGUUUCUCAGAUACGUUACAAGCCAUCAUUUCAUUCGCGGAGAAUGGGGGAGAUCUUAUCAAAUUGAUCAAGGCUGGGAAACACUAG